AUGAAGGCGGAAAGAGCCUCGGAAGACAGGUUUCCGCGACUCGCCGAAGGGGUGGACCCAUCGCCUCCAGCAGAGCUUGUCAGCGGUUCCUGGACGAAAGCACCACCUCCCGCGGCUUCGCCCGCGUUGCUAGGCGACACACUCAACAGCAGAGACGAUCGACGGCAGCCCGCCCUGGAGUCGGGACCUGCAGCCCCACCCGUGGGCCCGCCUCCGGCGGGGGUCGGUCCCACGCCGUCCGCGCCGGUCCCUCCCGCGUACGACCCUCCAGCAGAGCCAAUUUUGGAGGGCUAUAGAUUGUUGGGGGGUAGUCUCAGCUCCUGGGGUUCUGUGUGGGGUGAUGCUCAUGGUUUUGGGGACCCUCAGCCCCCCUGCAGCAGCAGCGAAGCCUCAGCACGGGAGGAGGAGGAGGAGGAGGAGGAUGAGGAUGAAGAAGACGAGGACGGGACGGGCUCGGAGGCCUCGGAGGAUGCGGGGCCCCCCCGGCAGCUGAACGGGGAGGGCCGGGGGGGGCCCCCCCUGCGCCCCCCGGGGCAGCCACCCCCCGAGCGGCCCCCCCAGCCCAAGGCUUGCGCCCCGGGAGAGGGGGGCUGCCAGCACAUGGCCCCCCUCAAAAAGGAGGGGGCCUUUGGGCAGCCCGACAGAGCAGUGUCCCCGGCGCUGGCGGGGGCUGAGCCCUCGGUGCCGCUGUCCCCAGGCCGGCCAGGCCCCCAGGCUGCUGAGGGGGCCCCGUUCAGCUGCACGGCCGGGCGCAAGGACAAGGCCGUGGACCCAGUGGAGUGGUCAGUGCGGGACGUGGUCGAGUACUUCACCGAGGCCGGCUUCCCCGAGCAGGCCGGGGCCUUCCAGGAGCAGGAGAUCGAUGGCAAAUCCCUGCUGCUGAUGCAGAGGGCCGAUGUGCUCACCGGGCUCUCCAUCCGCCUGGGCCCCGCGCUCAAGAUCUACGAGUACCACGUGAAGCUGCUGCAGCGCAGCCACUUCCAGGAUGAGGAGCCCCCCCCGGAGCCCUUCCCGGCCUGAGAGACCCCCUGGAGCCAUGGGGCCCCCCCAGACCCACAGUGGGACCCUCAGACCCCUGGGGGCCCCCUGGACCCACGGGGACACCCCCGGACCCGCGGGGACACCCUGGUAUCCAGGAGGGCUCCUCCCUCCCCCCGCUGCUGCACACAGAGACUUUGGGGGGUGGCUGGGGGUCCUACCCCUUUUUUGGGGAGCCCCACCUCUCUUUGGGGGCUCCCACCCCUUUUUGGGGGGUCCCACCUCUCUUGGGGGGGUCCCAUCCCUAUUUAGCGGGGUCUUGCCUCUCUUUAGGGUCCCACCUCUAAUCUGGGCGGGUCCUGCUCUCAUUUCAGGAGUCCCACCUCGCUUUGAGGGGGUCUCAUCCCUAUUUUGGGGGGGUCCCACCCCUCUUUGUGGGGUCUCUCUUUUGGGGGGCACUGCUCCAGGGGGACAUCCUUCUUUUGGGGGGAGUCUCACCCUUGAUUUGGGGGGGGUUCUCUUUGGGGGGGUGCCACCCCUCUUUUGGGGGGCUUCUCCUUGGGGACCCCUCUUUCAGGAGGGUCACUUCUCUUUAGAAGGGACACCCCUCUCUUUUGGGGGGUCACCUUUCUCUUUUGGGGAGUCACCCCUCUUUUGGGGGGGAUCCCACACUCUGAGGGGGUCACCCCUCUUUUUGGGGGGUAACCCUUGUCUUUUGGGAGGGUCACCCCUCUC